AUGCUGCUAACUGGCACCCAUCUAGCGUGGAGCUGUGUGGUACUGGUACUGCUCUGUAGCUUCAAUUCCAGUUCUGCACCACCACCUUGGCAUAUUUUACAAAAAAGGGAAGUGGCACCCAGGAAACUUAACACGAAACUGAAAGAUGCAUAUGACCAUGUCUUGGGCUUCUUCAAGCCAGUGACAUGUCUUCACAAAGACGAACAAACCUUAAUUCCUUGUCAUGUAGGAGAGGGCCUUAACACAAGUGAAUGCUUGGAAAAUAAAUGUUGCCCUUCUGAAUCCAGCCAUGAACUGAAAUGUUACAUGCCAUUUAAAGACAAUAUACAACUGACAUUUCGACUGCUUGUGCUUGUGGCAGGAGGAUUUUUGAUUUUGGGGUGUCUGCCGUUCUGUUGCUCUGCCUGUUUGCAGAGAAGUGACUGUGUCAAUCCUUUACGAAGGGCAAACAAAGAAGUAGAGCAAAUUGUGCAGAACAAAAGAGCACAUAGUGACGACGUUUAUGGCCGUUUACUGGAUUGACUUAAAGACUCUAAGGACCAUAAGAACAAAAAUAAAGGUAAACUAACCUUGGAGUAUUCUUUUGUUCUUUCAGUUUAGGAUUGUUGUAUUAAUUCUGUAAAGAA